GGUAAGUCUUUAAAAAAAAGAAAAAAAAAGAGCGCCUUGUGUUUGUUUUGAGGUUGUAAGAUUAUUGUAAUUGUUUUUAGUGACUUUCGUCUUUGGGGAACUUUGUCUCCUAAAUUCAAACAUUAAAAGAAGUCGUACGACUUAACAUGGAUAUAAGGCCAAACCACACCAUUUACAUCAACAAUGUAAAUGAUAAGAUUAAAAAAGAAGAACUGAAAAGGUCGCUGUAUGCACUGUUUUCACAAUUUGGUCAAAUAGUUGAGAUUGUGGCUUUGAAGACUAUGAAGAUGAGAGGACAGGCAUUUGUUGUUUUCAAAGAGCUUGCCUCUGCUACAAAUGCUUUGAGGCAAAUGCAAGGAUUUCCUUUUUACAACAAAGCCAUGCGCAUUCAGUAUGCAAAAACAGAUUCGGAUGUUAUUUCAAAAAUGCGGGGCACGUUCGGUGACAAAGACAAGAAAAAAGAAAAGAAGAAGAAGGCGCAAGAACAGGCAGCAAGUGCAGCCAAGAAACCAGCACAGGGAUCCACAAAUGUGCAAACAAAUUCAUCCCAAAGUCAGCAGGCACCAGACAACCCACCAAACUGUAUUCUGUUCCUCAAUAAUCUGCCUGAAGAAACCAAUGAAAUGAUGUUAUCCAUGCUUUUUAACCAGUUCCCUGGCUUCAAAGAGGUACGACUGGUACCUGGACGUCAUGACAUUGCCUUUGUUGAGUUUGAAAGUGAAGGGCAAGCUGGCACUGCAAGAGAUGCACUACAGGGAUUCAGGAUCACAUCCUCCAACGCGAUGAAGAUCACAUAUGCCAAAAAAUAAGCCCGGCUUGUCAAUUUUUACAUGGACUAAUUUAUGAGCUCACUUUUUUUUUUUUUUUUUUUUU